UCAAAGGCAGUUUUGUAUGCCAGUCGGGAGUCCAGUCCAAAUAUGGCUUGGCACUGCAGUACUAUAGGCCAAUUGGGGGGAUUAAUUAUCUCGCUCUUCGGCUGGGCCUCCUCUUGUGUUACAACUUUCAUACCUUUUUGGAAGAACCUCAACUUGGAAUUGAACGAAUUGGAGACCUGGAACACAGGACUUUGGCAUGCCUGCGUCAUUCAAGAUGAAAACAUAAUGGAGUGCAAAAGCUAUGGCUCUCUCUUAACCCUCCCUUUGGAGUUCAGAAUCUCUAGGAUUGUAAUGGUUCUCUCAAAUGGACUGGGAUUCCUUGCCCUCUCUAUUUCUAUUUUGGGGUUGAACUGUCUGAAGAUAAGGGAACAAAACCUUGGACUGAAAAAACGCCUCGGAAUCGCCGGAGGAAUUCUCUUCUGCAUUUCUGGAAUGGCAACCCUCGUGCCAGUCUCCUGGGUUGCCUACAACAUAGUGCGAGAAUUCUGGGAUGAAACUGUGCCAGAGAUUGUCCCAAGGUGGGAAUUUGGUGAAGCAUUAUUCUUGGGCUGGUUUGCUGGGUUUUUCCUCAUACUAGGUGGGUUUCUUCUGAUCUGCUCAGCUUGUUUCCUACAAACCCAAACAAAGUCCAAGCAGUUUGCUGUCCACCGUAAGCCAGAGGUGCGAAAGGACCCCAGGUUACAAAGUCAUCAUCAGUACUUGCCACCUAAAAAUGCAGACCUUGUAAUCUGAGCUGCCUACUAAAGUCUCUUUAAAGGUUUCAUGAGAACAAUUUGAGAUGGCCAGAAUGGCUUAUAACUGACUGGCUGGAAACUGGGUUAUUGUCUAGGAUCCUUCCAAGCAUUCUUUAUGGAGCACUUUUUGCCUGAAAAAUAUGCUUGGGAAAGCAAACAUUCUGUACUUACAUGUGUCAUACCAUGUUGUGCGGCAUUUUCAGUGGCAACAGGGAUACCCAUCUCAAUGACUGCAA